GAGGCAAGUGAACACAGCUUCCACAGUGUAAACGUUCCAACUUCCUACCCUCGUCCGCCAUCACCAUGUCGUACUACGGCUACGCCCCCGAAGACGAGCUGGGCAUGUUUCAACGCGCGAUGAUGGCUCGCGGUGGCCGCCCCCGCCGCUUCGACGAGUACUACCGCUGCUACCCCGUCGCCAUGAUGCCCGGACCAGAGCGCGACGCAGCCAACCACGGCGGCAAGAUCUUCCUGCCAGCCUCAGCCCUCGACAAGCUCACACAACUGCAUAUUACCUACCCAAUGCUAUUCGAGCUUAACAACGGCAUCAAGAGCAAGAGUACGCAUGCUGGUGUGCUUGAGUUCACCGCGGAGGAGGGGAGAUGCUACCUACCGUACUGGCUCAUGCAGACGCUCCUUCUCGAACCCGGGGACCUACUCCAGACCAAGUCGACCGAUCUACCGCCAGGCCAAUUCAUUAAGCUCCAGCCCCAAAACGUCAACUUCCUUGAGAUCUCCGACCCGAAAGCCGUGCUCGAAACCGCCUUCCGCAACUUCUCCUGCCUAACAGUCGGAGACAUCUUCACCUUCUCCUACAACGACACGACCUUUGAGAUCGCCGUUCUCGAAGUAAAACCCGAGGGUGAGAAGAAGGCAAUUAGCGUGCAGGAAACCGAUCUCGAAGUCGAUUUCGCCGCGCCAGUAGGGUACCAAGAACCGACGGCCAAGACGAGCGGCACGAGCACACCCCGCAGUAUCGGCUCGACCAUGGCGAGUAAAGGCGGGCUCAUGCACGCUGAGGGUACGAUGGCACAAGCGAUCAACUACUCCGCCAUCGCGCCCUCCUCCUCAACCGCCGCUGUGGGGCACGCGCAAGCUUCGUCCGCUUUCUCUGGUUCUGGGAAUCGGCUCGCUGCACGGAAAGGGAAGGCGGGCACAUCUGUCUCCACGCCCGCGUCAAGUACGCCCGGGACGCCCAAGCCGGAUCAGAGCGCCAGUGUGCCCACCACAGCAGCGCUGCCUAAGACGGUCAGCAAGAACCGCAAUGGACCGCAACCACUGCGUUUACCGCCAGGCAAGUUGUUCUUCGGCUACGAGAUCAAGCCUUUGAAGAAUAAGGACGCUCAGGCCGAGGCGGAGGCGGAGCAGAAGCGGAACUUCAGCGGCGAAGGGCAGAGUUUGCGGAAGAAGAAGGAUGGCAAGUGAACGUUAGCCUGAGCCAUCUGAUAUGGGAUCUCUGUGUUGUGUACUUAAGCGUGGCGUUGGUGGCUGCUUACGCAUGUCUUGUCAUAUACUCUUGCCUGGCAGGGAUGGAUGCCUGGGCUGAGAGAACUGUGGCGCCAUGGCCG